GCUCUUCCGAAGUUCGUUCUUGCGCAAAGCCGAAAGGCUGGAAAACCGUCCACGAUGACCAGCAUGACUCAGUCUCUGCGGGAGGUGAUCAAGGCUAUGAUCAAGGCUCGCAAUUUUGAGAGAGUUUUGGGAAAGAUUACUCUUGUCUCUGCUGCUCCUGGGAAAGUGAUUUGUGAAAUGAAAGUAGAAGAAGAGCAUACCAAUGCAAUAGGCACUCUCCAUGGCGGUUUGACAGCCACGUUAGUAGAUAACAUAUCAACAAUGGCUCUGCUAUGCACGGAAAGAGGAGCACCCGGAGUCAGUGUCGAUAUGAACAUAACGUACAUGUCACCUGCAAAAUUAGGAGAAGAUGUAGUGAUUACAGCACAUGUUCUGAAGCAAGGAAAAACACUUGCAUUUACCUCUGUGGAUCUGACCAACAAGGCCACAGGAAAAUUAAUAGCACAAGGAAGACACACAAAACACCUGGGAAACUGAGAGAACAGAACAGCAGAAUGACCUAAAGAAACCCAACAAUGAAUAUCAAGUAUAGAUUUGACUCAAACAAUUGUAAUUUUUGAAAUAAACUAGCAAAACCAGAA